CGAUAGAAUAAUCGUAAAAUACUACAUGUGUAGCAAUUGAGGGACUCGUUUUUCAAGCUAUGUUAUUGUAUGGCCAAAGAGUAAAAGGUAGGUCGACGGCGAGGACUUCAGAAGGAAUAUAAGAAGCUUGAAAGGUCGGGAUGAAGAGACGAGAUUCAAAAUCAGAAACAUCAAACACCCAAAUCAAUUACACUGCCUUGUUUAAUAGAAACCAAUUAACUACCUAUUCUCCCGAAAAAUGUCAGCACCUCGCCUCAUCGCAGUUAUCGGCGGCACGGGCGCCCAGGGCAUCCCCAUAGUGAGAGACCUAGUCAAAUCAGGCGACUACACGGUCCGGGCACUCACCCGCACCCCCUCCAGCGCCCGUUUCCGCAAGCUGCAAUCCUUCGGGCCUGUGGAACCUGUCAUCGGUACCUUUGCCUCAGAACAGGACCUGCGCGCUACCUUCCAUGGUGCUUGGGGCGCCUUUGUCAACCUCGAUGGCUUCAACUCAGGAGAGAAAACUGAGAUGUUUUGGACUAUUCGCGCGUAUGAACUUGCUAUCGAAGAAGGCGUACAGUUUUUCGUCCUUGGGAACCUGGACUAUGGGUACAAGAAGGGUGGCUAUAGGCCUGAGUUCAGAGGUGGCCACUACGACGGCAAGGGGCGCAUCGGGCAAUGGAUUCUAUCACAAAACAAGGACAACCAAUCGCGCAUGAAAGCCGCGCUCUUCACCACAGGACCCUACCUCGAAAUGGUGAUCUCGCAGAACACGCCCAUGAGCCCAUCCGUCGAGGACGGUGUAGUAACCUGGCGGUUCCCAGUCGGCGACGGCGCAAUGACAUACGUGGCGCUCGACGACUGCGGGCCUUACGUCAAGUGGCUGUUCGACCACCCGGAACUAUCCAAUGGUCUCGAUCUCGAGGUCGCUAUCGACCAUAUCCGCGGCGCGGAGCUAGCGCGUGCUUUUGAAAAGGUUACUGGACAUCCGGUGCGCUUUGUUGAUGUCUCGCUUGAUGAGUACUUCGGUAAGGGGUUUGGACUUGACCCGUCGGGCCCCGCGGGUUAUAACGCGGAUCUUAAUGAUCCGGCGACUUUGACGAUUCGGGAGAAUUUCUCUGGGUUUUGGAAUUUGUUCCGGCACUCAGGUGGUAAUAAAGGUGUUCUGCAGAGGAAUUAUAAGCUCAUGGAUGAAAUUCAUCCUAAUCGCAUUAGGUCCGCUGAGGAGUUCUUCAGACUCGAGGAGCAGAAGGGUCUGCGAAAGGGGCUGGGGACUCUGUGGGAGAGAGUGCAGCCGGAGAAUAUUAAGGACAUCUUGAAGAUUACGGAGGAUAACCGAAGCGGUAGGCUGUAAGUGAGGUUGUAUUGAAGAUGCGCGAAGGGUGAUUGGGCCUGUUAGAGUUGCACAAUGGUUCGUGGGUUGGCCGAGUUGCUACCAACUAGCUUCUCAGAGAGGAUAUUGUAGGCGUUUCGCGAUUGGCGAAUGGGAUAGCUUAUGAGGUUCCAUCCCUCUUUAUCUGGAUCUACAGCGAUUACUCUCUUUAAAUUUAUACUACAUUAUUUCUUUAGUAUUGGAGAUCCUCUGGCCGGAGUUUAUUCUGACGAUAGUCAAGGGCUAGGAUGCUUGCUGUCGGGACUAGAUCAUCUAGUGGUGUAGUAGAAUGGCCGCUAGAAAGUG